AUGGCGCUGGCGCGGCGGCUGCCGGAGAAGGGCCGUCUAGUGGAGGCCGUCGUGUCGGCCGGCCCUCUCCUCCAAACACUCCUCCUCGCCGGGCCCCUCCCCCGGUGGCGCCACCCGCCGCCGGCCGCGCCAGCCGACAUCCCGCCGUUCAACCCCGGCCGUCCCAGCCCGAGCAGGGCCGACGCCGAGCCGUCCGGCGGCAACAACUCCUUCUCCUCAGCGUCGGCCACGUCGUCUUCGCCGGAGAGCAACUGCAGCGGCGGCGGCGGCGGCGGCGGGCACGCGCCGCUCAUGUCGCCGGCGCUUCCCUACCACAUGAUCCCCUUCUGCAUGUAGCAGAACGCCGCGGCCGCCGCCGUCGCCGUCGCCGUCGUCGUAGGUGAAGCGAGCGUGCAUGCUUCCUGGGCGGGCACAUGCGCGCCACUAAUCGAUCACCACGAGUGGCUUAAUCGUCAUUAGUGAUAGCUUAAUUGCUCCCACGUAAGCUGCAGCUAGUAUACAUAAAUAAAUUAAAAGUAAUUAAGCCUUGGUUUUGAUUAGUAGGGGUGAUUAAUUAGGUUAGUGAUUAGGAGUGGGCAGAGAUUGGGACAUGCAAGACAAGAACAUGUAUAUGCAUGCAUGAAUUAUGCCACUACAUAAUAAGCU